AACACCCACUUACAAAAGGUCUGGUCAACGAGAGCUUCGAUAACUGCCGGUGUACACUUUCCGGGAAUGUGGAACCUCCGGUGUCUCGUCUACUUGUUACCGUUAAUAUUCUCGGUCUCAUUGGUGUGUGCUCAGGGAUCUGAUCCGACAACUUCUCCAUGGCGAACAAAAACUGGAGAGCACCCAUUAGUGAUUGCACGGGGUGGGUUUUCAGGGCUAUUUCCUGAUUCCAGCCACAAUGCAUACAUGAUGGCUGUGCUUAAGAGUGUAUCUAAUGUAAUUCUGUGGUGUGACGUACAAUUAACUAAAGAUAACUCUGGCAUCUGUUUUCCAUAUCUCCAUCUUGAAAAUUCUUCUACAAUUGCUACAACGUUUGCUAAGAGAGAAAGCACCUAUAAUGUCAAUGGAGUAUCUGUAAAAGGAUACUUUCCUGUUGAUUUCACCAUUGCGGACCUUGACAACGUCUUUUUAACACAAGGGAUCUAUUCUAGAAGUCCAUAUUUUGAUGGCUCUUACAAUAUUCUUACUGUUGAAGAUGUCGCCGACAUAAAACCACAUGGACUGUGGUUGAAUAUCCAGCAUGACGCGUUUUACACCCAACAUAAUUUGAGCAUGAGAAGUUAUUUGAUGGAUGCUUCGAAAAAAUUUCAAAUUAAUUAUAUCUCGUCACCUGAAGUGAAUUUUCUUACAAGCAUCAAGACAAUAUUCAGUCCAAAUACAACCAAACUAGUUUUUGUGUUUCUUGGACCGCAUGAAACCGAGCCUACAACCAACCAAACAUAUGGUACUCUUUUGAGGAAUUUAACAAGGAUCACAACAUUUGCCCAAGGAAUUCUUGUUCCUAAAACAUAUAUAUGGCCCAUUGGGAGUGAUUCGUAUUUGCAGCCGUCUACUUCUUUGGUAGCAGAUGCUCAAAAAGCAGGUCUUGAAGUCUUUGCUUCAGAUUUUGUAAAUGAUUUUCCACUCGCGUAUAACUAUAGUUAUGACCCUGUACAAGAGUAUCUCCAAUUUGUUGACAAUGGCGCAUUUGCGGUUGAUGGUGUUGUUUCGGAUGAUCCACUUACUGCAUCGGCAGCAUUUGUUUGCUUAUCAAGAUUGGGCAAAAACAAAACUCAAGAAAAACCUUUGAUUAUAUCAUUUGAAGGAGCAAGUGGUGAUUACCCGGGGUGUACUGAUUUGGCAUAUCAAAAAGCGGUUUCUGACGGUGUAGAUAUUAUUGAUUGUCCUGUUCAAAUAACGAGUGAUAGGAUACCUAUUUGUUUAGGUUCGAUAAACCUCCUUGAUAGAACAAGUGUCGGCCAGUCCGACUUCACUAGUUUUACAGCAACCAUUCCUGAGCUAAACACUGGUCCUGGAAUAUUUGCCUUCCGUCUCACGUGGGAAGAGAUUCAGAGAUUGGAUCCUGUGCUGGCUCAACCAUUUUUAAACUACUCCAUGUCAAGAAAUCCGAUAUUCAAAAAUGCUGGCCACUUUAUGAGACUAUCCGACUUUUUGGACUUUGCUAGUAAUGCUACUUCAGUUUCGGGUGUCUUGAUCAACAUUAAGAAUGCAGCUUACUUAGCUGCUAAUCAGGGAUUUAGUGUAACAGAUCUGGUAAUGGACGUUCUGAAUAAAUCCAGAAUAAAUAACCAGAGGACCAAGAAGAUCUUGAUCGAGUCAUCGGAUAGUGCAGUUCUGAAACUGUUCAAGGCAAGAAGCGUCGGGCAUGAGCUUGUUUAUGAAGUUGAUGAGAAUAUACGCGAUGCCCUCAACUCAACAAUUGCAGAUAUAAGUAAAUUUGCCAAUUCUGUUAUUAUUGGGAAAGAAUCGGUGUUUCCUAAAAGCUAUAGCUAUAGAUUUCUUGGUGAACAAACUGACGUUGUUGCAAAGCUUCAUGCUUUCAAGCUCCCUGUGUAUGUACAGUUUUUUGAUAAUGAGUUUGUUUCAUUGCCUAGGGACUUCUUUUUAGACCCGUAUGUUGACAUUAACUCGUUUGUUAACGGAGCAAAAGUCGAUGGAGUUAUUACAUCUUAUCCAGCUACUGCUUCUAAAUACAGAAGGAACCGUUGUCUAGGAUUACCAGCAGAUAAGACACCACAAUACAUGCGUCCAGAAGCGUCUCAUCAAUUUUUUUCGCUCAUGACACCUCAACUGAUUCCACCUGCUGAGGCUCCUUUUCCUAUUUUGGAAGAUGCUGACGUCGAUCAAGAACCCAUACCUCUGCCAUCUAGCAAUGGAACAACAUCACCGCCACGCGCUUCCCCAAGUGGCCAACCACCUAAAACUGUUGUGGGAAUUAUGUUGUCUAUUGUGUUUGUUGUUGGGGCAACUGUAUUGGUGUGUUAGAGGGGACAAAUAUGUAGUCAUUUAAUUAUGUGUUCCUUAUUCAUGUGAUAAUUCAGGACUGUUUUGUCAUUGUGUGUAUUUGUAGUACUUGAUUUUUGUUUGAUAUUUGUAACUAUUAUCUAAGUGGUGGAUAUCAUGACCAAAGGGAGUAUGUGAAUGUUAUAUAUUAUAUAAUUAAAUAUUAUAUAUUGAGUCAAA